ACGGAGGGAGUACUUAAUUUUCACACACACAAGACUAGCAUUGCCGUAUAAACUCAUCUCACUGAGUCACUGUUCUUACACAAACCCCCCAUCUCCCCCGAAUCAAACCCCUAAACCCCCGACCAUGACGGCCCCUCCGACCACAACUCUCGACUGUCGCAUGUACGAGGCCAAGUACCCCGAAGUGGACACUCCUGUAAUGAUCCAAGUCAAAGAAAUAGGCGAUGUCUGCACCCACGUGUCCCUCCUCGAGUACAACAACAUUGAGGGCAUGAUUCUGCUGUCUGAUCUCUCCCGGCGGCGUAUUCGAAGCGUGGGCAGCUUGAUUAAGGUGGGCCGGAUUGAACCGGCGAUGGUUCUGAGGGUUAAUCCUGAUAAAGGGUACAUAGAUCUUAGCAAGAAGAGGCUGUCGGAGCAGGAUGUGCAGGUGUGUGAGGAGAAGUUUAGUAAGAGUAAGCUGGUUCAUUCGAUAAUGCGACAUGUGGCCGAGACGCUUGGUCUUGAUUUGGAGGAUCUGUAUAUCCAUGUUGGAUGGCCUUUAUAUCGAAAAUAUGGUCAUGCGUUUGAGGCAUUCAAGUUAAUUGUCAAUGACCCUGAUUCUGUCCUAAAUCCUCUUACACGUGAAGUCAGAGAAGUAGGCCCUGGCGGAAAGGAGGUAAUUAAGAAGGUUCCUGCCGUAUCAGAAGAUGUUAAAGAUGCUUUGGUAAGAAACAUUAGGAGACGGAUGACCCCACAGCCACUGAAGAUUCGGGCGGAUAUUGAGUUGAAAUGUUUUCAGUUUGAUGGUGUUCUUCACAUCAAGGGAGCCAUGCGAAAAGCUGAGGCUCUAAGCACCAAGGAGUGUCCUGUGAAGAUCAAAUUGGUUGCUCCACCAGCAUAUGUCCUUACUACACAGACUCUUGACAAGGACCAAGGGAUAUCAGUUCUCAGAAAAGCGAUUGUUGCCUGUAGCCAAGAAAUAGAACGCCACCAGGGGAAACUUAUUGUGAAAGAGGCACCAAGAGCGGUGAGCGAACGGGAGGACAAACUACUUGCUGAACAAUUGGCUAAGCUAAGUCUCCAGAAUGAAGAGGUUAGUGGUGAUGAAGACAGUGAAGAAGAGGAAGAUACAGGAAUGGGGUCAGUUGAUUUAGAGAGCUCAAAUUCUCUGAUAAAUGACUGAUGAUGCAGCUAAUAAAUAUUCUCUAAAUUCCAUCUUUUUUUAUAACAAUUUUUUGGUUGGUUAAGUUUUGUGAGUGUUAACAAAUAGUGUUGUAUUGUUACCUGCUUUCUUUUGGCUUUUACACUAAACAAUUUACAAACAUAGUUCAGCAAUGUCAUGAGUUUUGCCUUUUGUAGA